GUUGGGCUCUAUAUAUUCAUGUUGAAGGCCAGGAAGCGAGGGGAGGAGUGGAAAGGGGCAGCAGAGCAGAAACCUGUUUCUGAGGGGAACACAGGAGGGGAGAAUCCCCAUUCAAUAAAGAACCCACUAUAUAUAUAUAUAUUUUUCCCUCUGAAAAUCAAGAAUUCAGAACAGAACGAAUGGGUGUAGAAAUUCAGCACAAAAUCAACAACGAAGAUGACGCUAUUGCUGUUGCUGUUGUAGCGCCGGUGAUACUGGGGCUACAGCCAUCAGCUCUGGUUGACCACGUCGCAACUGUUGAUUUGUCCCUCCUCUCCCGAAUCCCAGGAGAGCCCGGCGGCUCCUUCCCCGUUGCGGCCGAAGAGCUGAAGUUCGUCUUGGGUGAGGUUAACGCCCAUACUAUUGCUUCUCCAGAAACUACUUCCUCAUUGAAGACCAUAGCAGGUGGAAGUGUUGCGAAUACUAUUAGAGGUCUGGCUGCUGGUUUUGGGAUUACUUGUGGUAUAAUUGGGGCGUGCGGUGAUGAUGAUCAAGGAAGUUUGUUUAUAGAUAAUAUGAGCUUUUACAAAGUUGAUCUCUCAAGAUUGAGGCUGAAAAAUGGGUCUACUGCACAGUGUGUUUGCUUAGUUGAUGAAUUGGGCAAUCGUACAAUGCGGCCAUGCCUCUCUGGUGCCGUCAAAAUUCAGGCAAAUGAUUUGACUACAGAAGACUUGAAAGGUUCCAAGUGGCUUGUCCUGAGAUAUGCAAUAUUUAACAUAGAAGUUAUUCAGGCAGCCAUUAAAAUUGCCAAGCAAGAGGGUGUUUCUGUUUCACUAGAUCUGGCCAGUUUUGAGAUGGUACGGAAGUUCAGGUUGCCACUUCUACAGUUACUGGAAUCAGGGAGCAUAGACCUAUGCUUUGCCAAUGAGGAUGAAGCUGCUGAAUUGCUGAGGGAUGAAGAGAAUGCCGCAGAUCCUGAGUCUGCUCUUGAUUUUUUGGCAAAACACUGUCAAUGGGCAGUGGUGACAUUGGGUGCAAAGGGAUGCAUUGCAAAACAUGGAAAAGAGGUUGUCCGUGUUCCAGCAAUUGGAGAAGCAAAGGCAGUUGAUGCCACUGGUGCAGGCGACCUCUUUGCUAGCGGGUUUCUGUAUGGAUUGGUGAAGGGGCUAUCACUAGAGGAGUGCUGCAAGAUUGGCUCUUGCAGCGGCGGUUCCGUCAUCCGUUCUCUUGGCGGUGAGGUAACUCCAGAGAACUGGCAGUGGAUGUAUAAACAAAUGCACACGAAAGGACUCCCGAUUCCCGAGCCCCACAAUUUUGUCCUAUAAAAGCUGAAAUUUAUGCAUUCUUGGCGUUGAUGGAGGUUACCAAGAACGAGUCGAUUUUCGUAACUUGAAGCACAAGGCAAUUUGGAGUUGCAUUUUAGGGCGCUGGUUUUAUUAAUGCCUGCAACUGCUGUCUUUAACCUUCGCAGACUGUGUUGCAAACUAAUAUUUCAAUUGUUCAACUUACGAUAUCAAAAUCGUCUGAUUCAGCAUUUUAAUUGCAUUGUAAGGCCUCGUACUUAUGUUUCUUGAUGCUGGAUUCUUACCAGCGAGUUGGAGCUUCAACCUGUAUCAUUAUUCAAUGUCAGUCAUUGUCUUUUUAAUGAUAAAUGUUCUUCUAGUUC